UAAAAUUGAUUUCGCAGCCACCAACAAGAUGACAAAACUGGCCAGCGAAGCCACGGAAUCCCAGCCGCUUAUUAAGAAGGAAACUCCGGAGAGUAGCGGCACAGCGGCGGCGGCGAUUGCCGAUGACAUCGAGGCAAGAGGAUCGAAAUCGGCAGCGCCGACGACUAAAUCUACCGAAACGGUACUAGAAGAUGCAAUCGAUAUCUUGAAACUCGCGAUACCGAUUUUCAUCACCAGUUUUUCGUGGGUUGGUGUAAGUCAUCUCUGAAGUGAUUCUGCGUGGAUUCAAUUGUUGUAAGGAGCAGGAAAUAGACCAACGAAACCGGUGUGUUCCUAAUCUUCUUUGUACUGGUCUGUGCACGACGUCGUUUCUAAUUACAUACAAAUCAAAACAAUUCAUCUGAAAUUCUCCAUGCAGAAAAAAACCACGGACACUGGACUCCUAGGUAAGAAAUAGUAACAAGAAGAAAUUGCUACAAUCAAUCCUUCGUCGAACAUUCAGUGUUCUCUACGAGUGGAGACACCGCCUUAAUUUCCUUUUUCAGAUGCAUUGGAUCUGAAAACUUUGAUAACCUUCGUUUUCUUCUAGGUCACCUCAGCCAAGAGGCAUUGGCAGCUUCUGCUCUCUCGGACCUAUGGACUAUGACAACAUCUGUGUUGCUCAGUGGUCGUAUUCUGGGAGUUUUGAUCGGGGGUGCCGUGGGAGCGGGCAAUCCAAAAUUGGCAGGUGAGACCAUAGGAUCGCUUUGAAGUAUCAUGUGGCAUGGCACACUAUCGUUGCGCUCUCUGUCUGCAGAGUUCUGAUCUGCAAAAUCAUGUCUCUCCGUUCACGGAUGAGCCUCCAAUCCGAUCGAGUUUUGUUUUCCCUUGAUGAAUGGAUUCUAACUUGUGCACAGGAAUAUACCUUCAGGUUUCCUACGUGGUCCUCUUCGCCACUAGUGUCCUUGUGUUUGUUGCUUGGAAUCUCACCGAACAGGUAUGGUUGCGGUUUGGGAGCGAUCCUGAAAUUUCCAAGAUGGCGGGAACAUAUUCGACACUCCUGAGUUUCGCAAUUCCUGGCAUGAUUGCAUUUGGGCAGUUGUCCCAGUAUUUCUCCGCACAAAAGAUUAUGUACCCCGAAGUCUAUUCGUCUGCCGUGGGACUGUUUGCGAAUCUCGCCUUUGGAUUGAUCUUUGUGCUGGGGUGGCCUAUACCCGGAUUUGCAGGGUUUGGCUUCGAAGCAUGCCCGAUUGUUACAACUUCGGUCACAUACGUCCAGCUAUUAUUCAUGGUCAUCGUUUUUGUGUACAUUCAAAAACUGCACGAGCCUUGUUGGCCAGGGUUUAAGGCGUCGGAAAUCACUUGGGACCGAAUCAAAACGUUCGUUGAACUAUACUUUCCAGCCGCCUUGUCUUCUUCUUCGGACUUCUGGAGAGUCGCCGUGAUUGGUUCUAUGGCAGCAUCUCUAGGAGAAGCAGAUGUUGCUGUAUUCAACACUGCUUAUCGAAUCAUGUGGAUCGCACUGAUAUUCGUCGUUUCUAUUGCGGGUGCCGCGGCAAUCAAUAUGAGCAUUCGGUUGGGAAAAAGGGAUCCCUACGGUGCCAGGCAAGCGGGGCACGUGAGCAUCGGGAUGGUUGUGAUCAUGCUCUGCAUUCUUGGUUUUUUCAUACUCUUGAAAAAUCGGUGGUUCGGGUUGAUUUUUACGAACGACGAAGAAUUUCUUUCGUUGUUCCAACAGUGCUCUGUUCCGUUUACCAUAUCCUUGAUCUUUAUGAAUCUUUCUGUUGCCAUUGAGAGGAUACCAUAUUCUAUGGGGUAAGUAUAUUUUGAUAUCUACCCUUACUCGUGAUUUAUCCUUGUUCUCACGAAUGAUACCGACCGAUGGUUGCCCACAUUCUUUUCAUCCCAUAGUCGCACAAAGGAAGUGUUUUGGAUGGGUUUCGUUGCUUCGUGGGGCGGCCAGGUCCCUGCCGUCUUCAUUCUAACAACCUACUGGAGAAAUGAUCUUGUAGGCCUCUACACGGGAAUGGCGAUCGGUUAUUUUUUGUUGACUAUUUUGUAUUCCAUCAUUGUUAUCCGAAGGUGAGUCGAUUGAAUAGCUCGCAAUUCUUUGUUUGUAUCGAUUAAUCGCCGGGCCGAGUGUUACUGAGAAAAACUUAAACGCGUUUGCGUUUGUCCUUUUGUAUUCGAUGCAGCGAUUGGGAAAAAUACGCAGAGAUAGCUCAGAGACGAUCGGAAACGUUGCCGAACGAAAAAUAGAGCUAAAAAGUUGAAUUCACAAAGAAUUGAAAACAAAUGGUUUGCAUUGCCAUUCCGUAUUGCAAAGAACACAAACGGAUUGUGGUCGCAACACGGUAUAGUUGGAUCAUGACGUGAGAGGUGCCAGACGAGGGAAAUACGGCUUUCCUUUUCGCGAUGCCGCGAGCUUCACGCAUCUCGAUGUUGGUCGUGUUGUCAGAUAUGUGCGGAAGUUCGGCUCUUCCUCCGAUACUGCAGCUAUUAGAAUCUCAGUUAUACGUGCUUUUGGAACCCAAAAUCCAACGCAUCCGUCAUGAACAUUGUAUGUGUCUCUCUAUCUGUCCGGAACCCGGCAGCAUGGAUUUUCUGUUUCUUCGUUCCCUGCCCAUUGCGUUCGGUAGUGUUCAUCCCCCCCCGUCCCUCCCCCUGGAAACGUCUGGAGCAC